AUGCCUCCAAGAGAACGAAAAAAUCGAUUUAAAAUUAAAUGUUUAGAAUGUGGUGUUGAAAUGGAUUUUGAUUACAAGAAAAAGCAUAAUUCAAAAAAACACCAUGAUUUGCAGAAACAGCGUAAAGCUAUUCGCUACGAAGUAGUUGGGGCGCCCAAAAAUCCGUUUGACACAGCCGCUCGGAAAGUUGCCGUUGUUUCGACGAAACCGACUGCUGAAUCGAGUGCGGACACAGAGACUAAGAACAAAGAAAAUACGGACAGUGUGAGCUCAGAUGAAGAUAUUCCCUCAACAUCAAGAGAAGAAGUACCAUCAUUCGUGCGUGAUGCGCGUGGCCCAGCAUUAGAAAUAUCCAUAGAAAAACGAGGUUGGAAUAAAAUCGAAAACGAACCGGAUCAAACAAUCCAAGAAGCAAAGAAGCAGAAAAUAGAUAAGGAUUCAAUAAGUGAUGUUCUCGUCGAAACUAACACUCCGGACUUUCCAGAAGAUGACAUAAGCAGUGCUGCCAGUACAUCGUCUCAUUCAUCAUCGAACUUUCAGUUUAAUGACCCUAUUCAACCCAUGCUAUCGUUGGUAAGUCAUCUUCAAUGCACUUUCAUAAAUUUAUGUCUUUAACGUCUUGGACUUUGUAGAAUUUUGGAAGAAAUGUACAAUCAGUGACAAAACAGUUUGGACAAAAUACCAAAAGAGCGUACAUUUACAACACAAUCGACCCCCCGCACCUCCGUUCAAUGUUGUGUGUGGAAAUACCUGCGCAAAAUGUUUCUUGCCAGCCACCCAACAUUGUUUAGGGUGGGGGAGGGAGGGAUAAUCGUUUUAUGCUGAACAGAAUUUGGAAAGGCGCAGAUAUGUCUAUAUUAUAUCACUGUCCAAAAACCUUUUGUCACUGAUUGUAGGCAUAGUGUAAAUCCUUGUAAUUUUAUUAGGAUGAUGGACCUGAACAGUCAACAAUAGAAGACCAUGAAUUAGCGGGCAUGUUGGGAGAAAUUCUUGAUGUGCUAAAAGAGGCCCAAGAUUUGCACGAAUCGUUCGCGUCUGAAGAUUAUAGCCAAGAUGUAUUUAUUUCAACUAUCGAGAAGUUUGCGUCAGAUUUGAAAGAAAAAUGUCACUUGUUAUUGUCAUCGUCAAAAGAAGCUUUAACUUGUGAAGAAAACGUUCUGAAGCAAACGUCGGAAAAAUCAGUUGAAGAGGAGUCUUCUAUCGUGACAAACGAUCCAGCAGAACGUAUUGGGGUAAAGCUGAAUGAGUCACAAAAGAAUUUUCUAAUAGCCUUGGGACCUUGUCAGCCGAUUCUUGAAAGUUAUCCAACGAACCAGACAAUCGCUAAAUCGAAACAAAAUUCGUUUACAUCAAAAUGGUACGAAUCAAUGCCUUUUUUGGAAUACAGUCCAACUCUGGAUCGAGCUUUUUGUUUUGCCUGCAGCCUGUUCGGGGAGGGUUCUGGGACAUCAUGUUCAUGGACAAAAGAUGGAGCAAACCGCUGGGAUAAGAUGAAAGGCCGGGGGAAAAGCAAGCAAGGAAAACUGGUACAGCACUUCACUAGUGCAGCUCAUAAAGCAUCGGUUGAUCGGUUCGAUAUUUUUUCAAAAAGAAGUCACCACGUCGAUGUAGCAUUAUCUAAUGCGAGAAAGCAAUUACUUGCCCAAGAAGAGCGGGAACGUCUGCACAAUAGAGAAGUCAUUAAAGUUAUUCUAGAUUGUUGUAGAUACUUGUCAAGACAAGCCCUUGCUUUUCGUGGUGGCGAUGAUGAUCUAAAUGGAAACUUCAGACAAUUAGUAAACCUAUUGUCACGCUGGAUUCCUUUUCUAAAAACCUGGUUGACCACAGCCCAUUUGCGUCCAAACCGUGUCACUUACUUGAGUGGUAAAUCCCAGAAUGAAUUGAUCAACCUUUUAGCAGUUGAAGUGCGCAACAUUUUAACAGAACAAAUACGUUCUUCGGCUGUUUACGCUGUACUUGCUGACACAACACCCGAUGUUGCUCAUGCCGAUCAAAUAUCUUUAAUUAUACGCUAUGUGGACGCAGAGUUUCGCAUCCAAGAACGGCUUCUCAAAAUAUCAGAGAUCUCUUCUAAAACCGGUGAUGGAUUUUCUCAAAAGGUUCUAGCAAUGGUAACAGAAUUGGGUAUUCCCCAUGCUGGUAUACGUUUUCAGUGCUAUGAUACAACAGCUUCGAUGUCCGGGGUUUACAAUGGGGCACAAGCGAAGUUAAGUGAGCAUUUGGAGCGAAAAAUACCCUACAUUACUUGUCUUGGUCAUAAAACAAAUCUUUGCGUCGAACAUUCCUGUAAAUCUUCCGUUAUGAUCGAGGAGUUUUUUACCACAUUGCAAGAGCUUUAUAACUUCCUAACAAAAAGCACAAGUAGAUUCGGAAAAUUAAAGAGCAAAAUCGAAAGUUUACAGGAAGGGCUCAUCAUGAAGAAUCUUUCGCAGACUCGAUGGAUUGGCAGAGCUGAGUCAAUCAAAGCUGUAUGGGUCAGUUAUGAAACGGUGAUUGGCACUCUUCACGAUAUACACGAGUGUGAUGAAACAGAUGGUGAUGCCAAAAAGACUGCCACAAAUUUAUUAGACAAAUUAAAGUCAUUCGAAUUUUAUGUCAGUCUUUUGUUUAUGAAGAACGUGCUUUACAAAGCGAAGAUUGUGGUGAUGGAAGUGCAAGAAAUCGAGCAAGAUAUCCUAGCAAGUGUCGAAGUACUACAGCAAACUCGAAACGAAAUGCUUCGCAUGCGCGAAGAUGAUGUUGCUAUGGAGGGAAUUAUAUCAGCAGCAACCGAGAAAUGCGAGUCCUAUGGAAUCAAUGUGGAGUACGAAUUUUCAAAACGACACCGACCACGGAGAGCACCUGCCCGUUUCGACGAAAAUUUUGCCACUGCUACUGUGCCUAGCUUUAGCCAACACUAUCGGAAAGAAAUGUUUAAGGUAUUAGAUCGUCUUGUAUCGGACAUAAACGAAAUUGAUGAAUAUUUAUCUGAUAUUGUGCUACCUAUAAUUAUUUUGCUUCCAGCAAAUUUACCCAAUUGUUCCAAGCAAGAAGUGGAAAAUUUAUGCGCAGCAUUUCCACAGGACUUCAAAGAUCCAGACGCUAUGUGUGCAGAGAUUAAGUUAAUAUCUUCCGAUAUCGAGAAAAGUGGUGCCAAAAAUCUGAAGGAAGCAGCGAAGUGUGUACUUGGAAAACAACAGUUUUAUCCCAACCUGACGAAAGCGUACCAGCUUGCAUUAACAAUUCCAGUUUCUGUCGCAAGUAAUGAGCGUUCAUUUAGUAAACUAAAACUUGUUAAAAGCUAUUUGCGAUCAACGAUGAAAGAAAACCGUCUUGACGACUUGAUGAUUUUAUCUUCAUCUGUAGAUAUAUUAGACGAACUUGAGUUGGAUAAAGUAGCUAACUCGUGGUCUUUAUAUAAAUCAAGAAUGAUAAAAAUCUAGUUUUGCUAAAAUCAUUAUUAAUUAAUUCCUAAGGUAUAUGAUAUGUGCAAUAGGUACCAUACUUGAAAAUUACCAAAUAUGUAUACUCAAAUUACAACUUUUAUCCUAUAAAAAUUUGUAUUGUAAUGUUCGACAAUUGGAAAGGGAAACGCCCUUUUCGUCGG